AUGCCAUUGCCAAAGCGUGUUGUAGAACCCGUGCAUGUAGCACGUAACACAGUCUCACAAGCAGGAAGUUAUGGUGCUUCAAGUUCAAUAUCUAAUGAGUUGGAAGCUGUCACAAAUGGCACACUUGCUAAUACAGUCCGUCAGUUAUCAAGUCUAUCUAAACAAGCUGAAGAUAUGUUUGGUGAACUUGUACGUGAAGCCCAUUCACUUACUGUACGAGUUAACUCAUUACAAAUUAGGUUAGACAGAUUAUCUGUCAACACAAAACAAUUAGAUAGUACUGGCGAAGAAGUAUCUUUACAAGACAUUCAUAUGAGAAAAGCUUUUAAAAGUGCUAUUGUAUUUGAUCAACAAGUUCUUUCAAGGGAUACAAUGCCUGCACCAAUGCUUGAAAUGUAUUCUCAAUGUGAUAAGCCACCUCCUCUUUAUAAACUUAAUCCUUACCGAGAGGAUGGGAAGGAUGGUAUGAAAUUCUAUACAGAUCCAGAUUACUUUUUCAAUCUAUGGCGGUUAGAAAUGUUGAAAGACACAGAAAAAAUGAUGCAUGAUCGUGGAAAAAAACCUCAUAGGCCUAAAGCAGAAGGAAGUGGUGGUCGUCAUAAAAAAAGAGUCCGACAACCAUAUAGUACGAGAGAACGACAAAGACAACUUGCUACUCAGCACGGAGAAUAUAUUAUGCCUCAAGAUAACUCUCAAUAUAGAGCACCUCAUCAGCCUUAUGAGUAUAUGGAAGAAAGUACAAUGAUGUUAGGCUUGUCAAUGAAUGAUCAGCACCGACCAUCACGACCAAAUAGUAUAGAAUUACGUCGAUCCUAUGGUCCAGAGCAACUUCAUAAUCACCAUACUGGAAAUAACAUGGUAGAUGGACGUAUUUAUAGUCCUCCCCCUAUGAAUAUAAUUGAUAGCAAUAACUAUGCUGCACCACUCAGUAGCAAUAAUAUGAUGUAUGAUGAAUCUAAUUUAUACAAUCAUCAAACGCAACAAAAUAAUUACCAGUACACAGGCAGUAUGGGUGAAGUAAUUAGUCCAUUGGGUACACCUAGACGGGGAGGUAGAAUUAGACCAACUCAACCACCCCCUGCUCCCCCAAGCAAUAAUAAUUCAAAUAACAGUACACCCACUGUAUCAUCAGCCAGCACUCCAACUCGUGGUCGCAGUUUGAGUUCCAAUCGUGAAACAUUACCUCCUCCGCCACCUCCUCCAAUUGAGAACAACUUACCUUUUACUGAACCUUUACCACCACCACCACCCCCUGUAUCUGUUAGUCCUCCAUUACCAUCAGCAAACAUUCCACCUCCUCCGCCAUUACCACCAAUGCCUGAUCUUCCAGCAUCAUUAGCCAAUGGAGAUGUAAAAUCACCACCAAAACAAAAGUCUCCAUCUAAUAUUAUAAUUCAAUCGAAACCAUUGGUGCUUCCUGCCGACUGUAACAAUGUGAGACCGCUAAAUGGUAUCAUUAAUGAUUUAAAAACCACUGUAACCAAUAUCAGUAGCGGCACGGUAAGCUUGAAAAAAACACCUGGGCCAGGCCAUGUUGCUCAUUAUGAUCCACGUAGUGAUUUGCUAAAGGCUAUUAGAGAUGGUGUUGAGUUGAGAAAAGUAGAAAAAAUAAAGCAAAAAGAAGGAGAACGUAGCAAUGCAUUGCAUGAUGUUGCUUCGAUAUUGGCACGUCGUGUUGCUGUUGAAAUUUCUGAUUCUGAUUCUGCAUCGGGCAGUGAAUAUGACAGCGACGGUUGGGCUGAAGAGACUUGUGCUUAGUGAAUAAUUUAAAAUAAUACUAAUCAGUAAUUUUAACUAACAUUCCUUGUCAUUAUCUACCAAAAUGUUGAAAGUUUCAUUAGGUCAUUUUUAUUUUCUUUGAGUGUGCUUUUAAGAUAAAUUAAAAUACUUUGUUAGGCUGUAUCCAACAAUUUUGUUUACUGCGCAAUGUAUAUCUGAUGAUGAAUUAUAGUCUAUAUGAAUAGUAUAAAGAGUUGACUAAAUAAAUUAUUUCUUAAUCUUUCUUUCAAUGUAAUUAUGUAUACAUAUAUAUUAAAAUAUUAUUGAAUAUUAAACUUUGGAGUUUUUCAUAGAAAUAUUGCAUUGUAUAAUGUAUAUAAUAUUUUACAACAGUCACAAAGUUAUCAAUAUCAAUUCCAAAAGAUAAUGCAUUUGAAUAAUAAAUUAAUAAAUUUGCAACUCGUAUUCCUAUAUUUUCCAAACAACGUACACAUUUUAGUGCCAAAUAAUACCAAUUUUAUAAUUAUACACAAUAGAGUAUAUUUAAUAUUUAUUUAUAUUUCAUUAGAUAAAAUGAUGAUUAAUGAUCUUAUAGAAUUGCUGUGUAUAUGAUAAUAUUAAUUAAUAAUAAUAAUAUAAUUAGCAUAUUAUAUUUGAAGAUUAAAAAUGCACUAUUUGAUAGAAUAUUGUUAUAAACAACUAAUUUAAUACUCUUAAUGUUUUGCAUUAUAUUUCAUUUGUGAAUUCAAUUUCCAAACUUUAACGUGUAUUAAAUAUAUCAAUUAUCCAACUGCUUAAUAAAUAACUUAGUACGUUAAAUAUAAUACACUGUAAUGUUGAUCAAGAAUAAAGUGUUUUCAAACUGUGCAGCCACAGUGGCUUGCAUUUUUUUUUGUGUGCAAUAUCCAUUAUCAAAGUUCCAUAAUUUCCAUGUAUUAUUAUUAAUUAACCAUAUCUACUUUUAUAUAUUGCUUUGUUGUUAGAUAACAUUAAAACAAGUUUGUUUUUAUGAUCAUUGGUUAUUAAGAGAAAGUGCUCAAUUUCGCUCAAUUAGUUUUUCAAAUUGACUAAAAAAUGAUUUUAAUCGUUUUCUGUUUGUACAUAGAACUUUUUACACCGUUUGAUACUUAAAUUGUACAAUCUAAUUCAAUAAUGUUAUGUCCAAUAAAUAAAUAGACCUCACACAAUUCAAUAACGGUGUUGACUUACCUAGUAAAUCUAUUAAAGUUCCUUUUUCUAAUAUAUUCCACGUCAAUAUUCAUUUAAUGUUUAAUUUUCAAAAAUAAAACUAGUUUACAAUUUAUGUACAUGUAGCUGAAAACUAAUUUUGAAAUGAGCUGAAUAAUGAUUUGUUAACAAUUAAUAAUUUAUGUCAACUAUCUGUAGAGCAAGUCUAUCCAGUUCGAUCAAUGUUUUAGUUUUUAACAGGAAAUAAUAUUACUUAACAUUAUUUAUACAAUGCGCAAUGGACUUUUCGUGUUUGUUAUCCUUCAACAAGCUCGUGUGUUCAAAGUGCUUAUUAUUACAUCAAUAUGUUAUAGUUACAUUAAAAUUAGGUAGUACGCAUAACAUAAUCUUU